AUGACUGACACAGAUGCACUCUACACAAAGAUAGUGCACGAGAUCGAAUCUUAUCUAGCUGAAACUAAUCUGACGAACGAUCAACAUUUAUUGGCCUGUGCACGUAAAAAUGACGGCUGGAUACGGCUCGAAUUAUUUCGUGGUUGCCGAACUCUAUCCAGUUAUAGUUAUGAUAAAAUUCUUCGUGCUCUCGAAACAAAACGAUCAAGUCAGCUCGAAUUGAGCACAUUCGAACCUCGAUGUGUUCGCUAUCGAUGUGAAACGUGUCCAAAUGGUAAUAGUCGGACUGUGAUCAUUCAUGGUUUACCACGUGAUGUUCGAUACGACGAUUUAAUUGAAUUUUUUAAUAGAUUCUAUCCUAUCGAUGAAGUUAUUUUCACUAACCCGGCACAUGCCUCAGCAUUUGUUCAUCGAUCGAUGGUUUUGUCGAUUAUCUAUGACCAGGAUUAUCAGCUGAGUUGUGAAUUAUCCGGAGACAAUAAUGAUGGGAGGAAGGAUUUUAUGAAAGGAAAAUCGUUUUCUACUCGAUUGAGCAAUCAAUCGUCACAGAGUUCAGUGCGCAAAAGUGACUCAACUGUUCGCCCAAAACUGAAUUUGAAGUCGACAAUGUGUCCUACUGAACAAAUACUAUUUUGUCAAAAUUCUCCCAUUAGUCCAUCCAAACGAAACGAUCACGCGAAACAAACUAUAGUCCAUGACAAAUUCUCGUACGCGUUCUAUCAACCUGAUCGUCUUCUACAUCAAACGCAUAAAUCUGUGAUAGUAUCUGUGUUAAAUCCUCACUGUUUCACGAUUCAAUUAAGUCAAGAUGCAAUAGAGUUUGAUAGAUUCCAACGGGAAAUCAAUAUUUUUUAUAAUACAAUGGCUGACAAACAAUAUCACAUAACCCCGCAGCAAAUUCAAAUCAAUCUAUGCGUGAUUUGCUGUGAUACUAAAUCAAUUGGUGGCAAUCAAAUAUGGAACCGAUCACAGAUUCUUGAUUUUGACUCGCCGGACAAUACGGUGAAUGUCUUUCAUGUGGAUUUAGGCACUUGGGAAGAAUAUGUGCCGAUCACUCGUCUUCGACAUAUAACCCAUUGUUUCCAACAACAUCAAGUUUUCUCUCUCACAUGUCGUCUAGCCGGAGUACUUCCAUUGAGUAAUAGUAAUGGUCAAAUAACAUGGACAGAUGAAGCAACGAGUCAGUUUCUGUCAGUUCUUGAUCAAGUUGUACCUGAAGUUGAAUUUAUAUCAAUUACGUCGAAUGGUUGCAUUGAUACGAACUUAUUCGUAACUGUUUCCGGCCAAUUGGUCUGUGUUAAUGAUUAUCUGGUACAUAUCAAACAGGCAACAAACGGCGGACAAGAUAAUCUCCAAUCAGAGAGGCAAGAAAAUGAGUCGUCAAUCCAUCCAGUGAUUAGUUUGUACAAGAUAUUGGGCGAAGUCCUCCAACAAUCGUUAAUUGACUCGCGCACGAACAGUACAAGCAGUUCUACGGUUUCAUCUGUGUCGAUGUCAUCACGAACUUGUGUGAAAUUGAUUCAUGUAAAUAUAAAUUCAAGUCACACAAAGAUAGUUGACAAUCCCCGGCAAUCGCAUGUAUUACCAAUGAUCUUUGUCCGUUAUAAGAGGACAAUUCUUAUCCCGGAUUUCAAUAUUUGUAAAUUAUUCAAAAUUAUCGAUUCUAGCUUUGAUAUUUCUGCAAUAGAAAACGAUAUAAGAAGCUUCCCUUCGACACCUGCUUGUUUCAAUCCAAUGUUUACCGAAUUUCCGUUUCAGACAGUCACUAUUGGAUAUAAUUGUGUUCGCAUAACAUCAGAGACUGAUUCCAGUAUUUUUUCUCUGUUGGUUUCAUUGAAUAAUAUGGAACAUUCAGAUAGUAUUACGUUGUACUCAUUGGAUUUCGUUAAUGAUCUACUCCAACAUUAUCAGUUUCCAAUAGCAGAUGUGUUUCUUGCACUAGAAAAUGCCAAAUGUGCUCAACUUCAUGAGUCGGAUCUUGCCCGUUGGUUUGCAAUAGAUAACAAACUGAAAACGGCGCUCACACCGAUCUCCAAUGACUUUACUAAAUCAGAUCAAAGCGCUGUGAUAUCUCCUGUGGAGCAUCAGCCGUUGAAACAAAUCCGCUUGCCGUUUUCUAACCGCUUGAUAACUCCAACUUGA